GACCUUAAAGUCUUCUAAAACUUGAGUCAGCCUAAAGCUCCCACCUAAACGACGACAUUAAUUCCCCUAAUUUUUAUGGUCUGAAAUUGUAAUUUAUCGUCUGAAUUCCACUACGCUCCGGGCCAUGGCUACCGCAGACCGCCACAAGCGACAACCCUCCGACAGAAAACUCGGCUGGCUCUGCCCCUUCACUAAAUCCAUAUUUCCGGCUUGGCGUAGGCGUAGGCUCCGUCUUGAUCCUGCUAGCAAACUCUACUUUCCUUAUGAACCCGGAAAGCAGGCGAAGAGUGCCGUAAGGAUGAAGAACACAAGCAAAUCCUAUGUGGCAUUCAAGUUUCAAACUACCGCACCAAAAAGCUGCUAUAUGCGACCUCCUGGAGGUAUUCUUACACCUGGUGAAAUCCUGAUUGCCACUGUCUUCAAGUUUAUUGAGCUCCCUGAGAACAAUGAGAAGCCUAUAGUAGAUCAAAAGACCAAGGUAAAGUUCAAGAUCGUGAGUUUGAAGGUGAAAGAAGGAACUGAUUAUGUACCUGAGUUGUUCGAUGAACAAAAGGAUCAAGUCACUGUUGAGCGUACUCUAAGGGUGGUGUUUUUGGACCCUGAACGCCCUUCUCCAGCACUGGAUAAACUAAAACGUCAGUUGGCUCAAGCUGAGGCUGCAGCAGAAGCUGACAAGAAACCUCCAGUUGACACAGGUCCGAAAGUUGUGGGAGAAGGUUUAAUAGUAGAUGAAUGGAAGGAGCGGAGGGAGAGGUAUCUUGCCCAGCAACAGGUUGAGGUAGUCGAUUCAGUGUAAAGCAGUAAAGAGUUUUUAUGUAAGUUCAUCUUUUGCGAGAAUAGUAAUGUAAAAUCAGAUCCACACCUUUUAUAUAUACUUGCGUUUCUUUGGAAGGAUGUUGGAGAAGGGCAAUGCAGUUCUUCAUGUAAAAGUAGAAUAAUGGCUGGAGAUUUUGAGUUCUUCUUUGUGGUUAAAAGCAUGAUAUAAGGAAUGUAAUCUUUUGGCUAUUUUCUUGUAGACAUUUUGUAUUCCUUUUUCUGGAAGCAUUAUUCUUA